AUACUCUACGCUUUGCCCAGCCUGUUUUACGAAGGCCCACCCUCUUUAACAUGUCUGGCCUCGCCCAGACUGAGACUAGCUGUUUUCACAUCCCUGUGUCAGACUGAAGAGCAUUUUUACCGGUUAAGAUAAAGAUAAAGUAACUUAAAACUGCGAUGGACAUCAUAGAACCAAUCCUGGCCAUUGCAGAAAAACUGUACGAUCUCUGUGGGGAGGUGCAGGCCAACAAAAAGCGCUGCAAGCGUUUAGCUCACCGCGUGUCUACUCUGGCUAAGCUGGUGGAAGCUGUGAAGGUUCAUGGCUUUGGGACUGAGCCUGAGCAGGUUAUAAAUGGACUUAAACAACUUAAACUCACUCUGGAGUCAGCAGAGAGGGUAGUAAGGAAAUACACUUCCUUCAGCUAUUUGAAACGCAUCGCAAAAGCGUAUGAACUCGGCGAAGAGUUCAGCAGCCUAAAUGAAAGACUGAACGAUGCAGCUCAGUUACUUUCUCUAGCGCUUCAGGUCGAGCACAGAGGGAGUAUACAGAAAGUUUUUCAAGAAGCAACGAGGCGACGGGAAGAUGAAGAAGACAGGAAGAGUGACUCUCUGGAACUUCGGGAUUUGCUCCAGUCUUUAACCCAGGAGAGCAAAGGAAUGAACAUGACAGUUGACGCUGUGCGAGAGACAGUAGACCAAAUGCAAGGAGAUGUGGAGGACAUUAAAGACAUGCUGGAGUCAAUGAAAAAACCAUGCCUUCAUCUGCAGGACAUUAGAGAGAUUAAACCAGAAGAAGUGACCUACAGUAUCCCUGUUAAACCCAUUCUGAAGUGCAACCAUUCCGAACUAUACAAAGGGAUGUACAACAAGUUCACUGUGGCUAUCAAGAGAUACUCGUGCCCGUUGAGCACCAGCCCCAGCCCCAGUGAGUUGAGGAGUGUUUUUAACAAGGAGGUGGAGACCAUGAAGCGCUUUGAGUCGCCCAAUAUCUUAAGAAUGUUUGGUAUCUGUGUCCAGGAUGAAAAUGGACCAAAUCCAAGUUACUUGAUAGUCAUGGAAUACUGUGAGAAGGGUAGUCUUCGACAAGUCCUGGACAGUAAUAGCAAUCUGCCCUGGGCCAGAAAGAUUCAAAUGUGUCUGGAUGCGGCACAGGGGCUCUACAGAUUGCAUCAGUCAGAAGAAAAGUUUAAAGUGCACGGUUCCAUCAGAAGCUGCAGUUUUCUAGUGGCAGCUGGCUACAGAGUGAAGUUGGGAGGCUUUGAGUUGGCAAGAACAGAAACUUCUCUUCAGAAGAAUAAAUCCAAAAAGAACAGCGCUUUCCAUUACAGCUCUCCACAACAGCUUCAGAAUAUCAACCAUCCUUAUGACAAGGCAUGUGAGAUCUACAGUUUUGGCAUUGUUUUGUGGGAAAUAGCAACACGAGAUCUUCCUUUUAAAGACUGUUCUUCCCACAGUCAGAUCUAUCAAAAAGUGUGUGUAGAGAAGGUCAUGGAGCCACUUCCUACAGAUUGUCCUAAACAGCUAAAAGAGCUCAUCGAUGCCUGCCGUUCAUUUGAGCCUUUUAUGAGACCAACGGCAGGAGUAUUGGUGGACAUGCUUCUUAAAAUGGUGGAAGAUGAUUGAUGGAGCACCUCUGCAUCUCUAACCGAGCCUGCUGCUAAAUUGUCCACAUCAGAUUCUAAUGAUAAGGUCUAUUACCAUCUACCAAGUAGGAUAAACUUUGCAUCACAUAAACCCUGAACUUUUGGGAUAUGCCGUUCCAGAACACCCGCGAGGAAUUCAACCAACGUCUGUUGGUAACCUAAAGUUAACUCAUGCACAUAAAGUCAUUGUCUAUGGAUUGCAGAUUUCAGGAGUCAGCAUGGAAGCGGAAGUUAAGAAGCAUGCCAUGCUUCUUUUUUUUCUGUGAAAAGUUGGCAUGAAAUGAAAAUUCACCGUAUCUAUUUUAUAAAUGCAUAUUAUUGAUCUUAUUGUGAACAAUUCAUUUGUGUAUGUUUCAUUUUUGAUUUGUUUUUUGUUUUUGUUUUUUAUAACCUUGUAAUUUUUACUCAAAAUAUCAUAACUGGAUGCUGGACUUCUCCAAUCAAAAAAAAAGAAAUAUGCAUGAUUGUUAUGUUGGCAGUGUGUAUAUUAUAUGCUUUUUGAUCUUUUUGAUCAAAUUUGCUCUUAUAUGGACUAAAACGGCAUGAAAUAUACUUCCUGAAUAUAUGGUCACAUAUCAAAAAUUCCCUGUUUUCUCUCAACUUCUUUCACUUCCUCUAAUUUAAUUAUAGGGGGAUUUUAAUUGCGUUGUGGACCCAUAUUUAGACCAGCAUGCUCCCCCUCUAAGUCCAGGGACUUUCUUAACAUGUACAUGAAAAAUUCAAAUGUUGGUGAUGUAUGGAGGCUAGCCAAUCCAACUGGGAGAGACUACUCCUUUCAUUCACAGGUCCACAGCGUUUAUACUAGUAAGUCAAUUACCUUUACUUUCAAUGCCACUUAUCAUAAUAUUUUAAUCUCGGACCAAAGUCUAAUUACAUUUGCUCUAAAAUGAUCAGAAAUUGUAACAUCACAACCAUUGUGGCGGGCAGAGUUACUUUUUGGAACUAUUGAUCAACCAAAAUCUUCACCUUCACUUUUAUGGGACACCUUUAAAGCUUAUUUACUGGGUUAUUUUAUCUCCUUUCAGGGUGCAAAAAAUAAACAAAAUACAGUUGCUUUACAAUCUUUAAAAAAACAGCUUUGUCAAUUGACCCUUCGCCAGGAGUUUGAUUGACAGGCAAUCUAACCAAUCAUAACACCGAAUCCACCAUUUUGUCCGACAAAGCAGUCAGGGGAGUUAGCAGAUUAACGUAGGUGGACUUGAAAAUGGUGUGUACAGACGUCUUUCCGCGAUUGAAACAAGAUUCCUUAUGAUGUUCAUUCAUGUUUAUUUGAUGCUAUAAAUGAACUAGUAAGAAGAGAUGAUCGGUUCACGAGCCACUUGGGCUGAGGCACUACAGCGAUCUGUCACGACACAUUAAAGAGCCACAAAAUGGUAUUUAUUGUUUAAAUUUCUUUAAAAAUGACAAAAUUUGAAAUAUGAGUAUUUGUUUCAUAUCAAAAUUAACCUGCUCUGUCUUGUCUGUUGACGUGUUGUCAGUGUCCUCUUUGCUCCACGAUGUAUUUUUCACUGCGUGAGAACAUGAUGUGUGGCGGGAGAUCGGCAUGGCUUGUCAGACAUAGCAACAGUAACUAAAGGGGGCGGGUCUUUGCGAACGGUCAAUUAGAUCAAUUAGAACGGUCAAUGGGAAUGCUACAACAACUUUUUCAGAACUGCACAAGAAAAUAUUGCAUCUUAGAUACCAAUACAUUAAGAUAACAUCUUAAAAGUUUUCAAGAUCUUUGUUUAUGAAACAAAAAAAUUUCGAAUUUAAACCAUUAGCUGACCCAGCUCCCCGGUUUAUGUCUAUCAACAGUGACUCGUUCUGGAUGCCCCCUGAUGUCGACUAGGAAAGUUUUAACUCCAGCCUCUCAAACUCGAAAUGGGGCAUUGUAUGGGGGCCGAAAAGAAUUUCGGUGAGUCUUAUGAUGAAAGAAAAUAAGAACUCAGCCAUAGAGAGGUCUUUGGACAUCCAAGCUACCGUCAGUCCAUGCUAAGCGGUAGGAAUGGGUUUGAAGGUAUAGAUUCUGUCGAAGAGGGCAGAGCGUUAAGAAGAUAGACUCCAGGGCUUUGUGCUGUCUGGAAUGAAAUCUCCAGGGACACACAGAUACUGAUUGUACACCAACUCCGCAGAGGAAGUUUGUAGAUCCUUCUUGGGAGUCUUUUGCAGGACCCAGGGUAGCCACUCAAUCCAUCUGUCAUCCAUCAUACUGACCCUCAGUGCAGUUUUGAGAGAGCGAUGAAAGCCUUCACAAAAGCCUGUGGGUGGAAGGCUGUAGUAUGAUGAAGCUGCACUCCUAGGAUUCAAGUCAUCUCUGUCCACAACUCUGAAGAUAUGUCAGACAGUGUGCCAAAACGUGCAACUCAUGUGUUGAUGAAGGCCCGUGCUACAUCCGCCGUUGUCACUGAGGCCAGUGGUACUGCUUCUGGCCACCUGGUGGUUCGAUCCAGCAUAGUCAGAAGGUGAGUAAACCCCCAGGAGGGCGGCAGUGGUCAAUAUUAACAUGGUCAAAACGUCGCUCUGGUACCUCAAAAGUUUCCAGUGGCACCUUGAUGUGUCUUUGCUCUUUAGCCUGUUGACAUGCCACACACACUGAAACCCAGUUUCGAACAUCCUUUUUCAAUCCAUGCCACACAAACUUUGACGAGACCAGUUUCUGUGAAGUUUUUUUGCCCAGGGUGUGACAAACCAUGGACCUUGUCGAACACGGCUCGCCUCCACUGCACAGGUACCACUGGACGAGUGUGGCCGCUGGAGACAUCACACAUCAACGUAACUCCUGUGUUCGCAAAGCAGACAUCGGCUAUUUUCAAACUUGAAAUAGUUGAUCUGUACACCUGCAUCUCAGGGUCGGAUUGCUGGUCAGCUGCUAUAAGGACAAAGUCCAUACCCAAGUGUACUGCUUGCACAGUGGACCUGGAAAGGCAAUCUGUCACACAACGUUGCUUUUUCCUUCGAUUUGUUUGAUAUCCGUUGUGAACUCGGAUAUAAAAGCCAGGUGCCGUUGUCAUGAUGACCAGGGCUCAGAAACUGUACACAUAGCAUGAACCAAAGGUUUGUGAUCUACAAACGCCAUGAAAACAAGUCCCUCCAAAAAGAAACAAAAGUGUCUUACUGCCAGGUACAGCGCGAGCAACUCUGUAAAAAUGUGCACCCACAGUGCAGUCUGAGGCAUCCAUAGUGAUAGCAAUUGGGGCACCUGGAAUCAGAUGAGACAGCAUGGUUGCUUUUGCUAGGGCGAGUUUAGCAUCCUUAGAUGACUUAGCCAUCUCCUUUGACCAGGUAAUCUGUCUAUUCCUGCUAUGUCCUUUAAGGGCCCUGUACAAAGGAUGCAUGAGCUCAGCUGCCCAUGGACUGAAAUGGUGAUAGAAAUUCACCAUCCUCUCUUGCAGUGCUUUGGUUGUGUGGGGAACAGGGAACUUGGUAAUGGCGGUUCUGGCAGGGGAACCGCCUCCUCGCUUGGGAUCCAGUGACCAAGAAGGUCGAUAACAGCCAGGCCAAACUGACACUGGAAGGGGUUAAUUAUCAAACCAUGUUGGCUGAAGCGAACGAACAGCAAUCACAGAUUUCUUUCCUGGAGGCACUGGCGACCAAGAUGUCGUCCAUGUAACGACUGAGACAAAUCAGACACAAUUAUUUGCUAUAUUUAACAAAUAAUUGUUUAAAACUCACUCUGGGGUCUGUCCCCAUCCCCUGAGAAGACCAGUCUGUGCAAGGACCUCAUGGGAUAAGACUUUUAUGAUCCGAAACUAUGCAGCUAUGCAGAACUGCAUCCAAAAGUCCUUGUGAGUCAAGUUACAGGGAAGGCACGAAGCCUGUAGAAACAGACUCUCCUGCAUUCAUUUAUAGAUGAACUGAUCUAUAAGUGAACAUGCACCCCAGCCAUUGUGUGUAUUAUUAUAACUGUUUUGUGCAGCAUCUUUUGUAUGGUAUUUUGUGAUAAGAACCAAUGGUUAACGUAAACUAACCUAUACCAAGUUUGGUGCCUAUGAGUUUGUAUUUUGAAGAUUUAAAUGCUCAUUUAUAUGAUAUGUCGAUAUCUGUGCAACAUAUCAGUAUUACAAGAAUCUUUAAUAGUUUCUUCUCCAUCUGUAACCAAUCCAGUUACAUGCACACGAUCUGCUCAAGACAAAGAUCAUAAACUUUCCUGUCGGAAGCUCAAGCAUGAUUGGUCCACUGACCCAGAGGAGGAAUGGCCAGCAGCAUAUGUCAACCCUCAGGGGUGUAACUUCUCCCAGAGCUUAAAAGCCAGCGCACAAUGCCCCUCCCUCUCUCUUGCUUCUUGGACGGACUGAAGAGACCCCCUGCUGGGCGGCCUCUUCAGGCCAAGGCCUGUAGUCCUAAACCUGCACCCCAGCCAUGUGCUCAUCUAGAAGAGUGAAAGAACUCUUUCCUACUAAAAGUCAAACUAACCACGCAAGUUUGUCAUCGUUCCUUCAUUCAAUGCAGAAGACAUCGAUUGCAAGUUCAGCACCAUCGGACUGAACUCUUAGGACUUCCUACGGCAACAGUAUAUCCGGAUGAUCUUCAAAAGGCUGAGACCUAAUGCAAGAAUCGUACAAUAUACUAAAUUGCUGCUUAAAGUUGUGAACCUCCUUUGUUACCAAAGGAGCUUUGUAAUGAAUACUGAUGAUUCUUUCCUGGGUUUUUUGGCUUCUCCAUAGCUCCAUUUCCUGUCCCACUUCCGGUUCAACUCUAUCAUUGCUCAUUUUACCUAUGUACUGUAUGUGUGACUUGUGUAUGUAUGUGUUCAUUAGUUUAGUUAUGUGUUCAUGAUUUAGUUAAUAAAACUUGUGCACAAUA